ACCAAGCACUACGGAGCUAACUACUUUGUUCAGCUCGGCUCAAGAGGUCUUGAAAUCGGUAAAAACGUGUUAAAUUUCCCACGACCAGCUAAAGGAAGGGGAAGCUGUCAUGUCUGACCUGCUUAAAGAGAAAUCCCUCAGAAGAGAGAAGAGGGCAGGUAAGGUAUCCUCAGAGGGGAGCCAUGGAGUCAGAGGCAAAGAAACAACAGGCAGGGCUAAGGACUCUAUAAGCACUGUGUCGUACAUCGAUGAACUAGCACACCAUGAUGACAACGCUCGGAUGACUGUAACAAUGGAGAACACCUACCAGAUGGGACCGUACAAACGCAUCCCUGUCCCUGCAGUCACUGACAUACUGAAGGAUGUACUCACCAGUUACCUCCAAGAGGAGAAAUAUGAAGUAGAAUGGUCCCAAAAAAUGACAAAAACAAUAUGUGAGGUGAUAAGAGCUCGCGUGAAGGACCUCAUGAUCCCUCGAUAUAAGAUUGUCGUCCUGGUCCACAUCGGCCAGCUCGCCGGGCAGAGCAUGCAGAUCAGCAGCCGCUGUCUGUGGGACGCAUCGAAUGACACGUUUGCCUCCUACUCUUUCAAGAACAGCUCUCUGUUUGGUGUGGCAACAGUCUAUGCUGUUUACUUAGAGUGAAUCGUGAGGACAUUGAACAGACUCUGAUGAGAACACUUAAGUUAUAUAAUUCUUACAGUCAUGUAUGAAAUGACAAAACAAGAAUUUGUAGGCAAAAUUCUGGGUGUUUAUUAGUUUUGGUAGCACAGAAAAUGAAAUCACAUCCUGACAGUGAAGAUUUUAUUUUACACUA